CAUGCGAAGUCAUUCUGAGUUGUUCGUAAAAGGGAUUUCGCUUUUCUGUUGAAAUUAGCUAACUAAAAUAUCCUAAAUAGGUAACAGACAUGUCAGGGGGUUCAUAUGAUAGAGCUAUAACUAUAUUUUCGCCUGAUGGACAUCUUUUCCAAGUUGAAUAUGCUCAAGAGGCCGUAAAGAAGGGUUCCACUGCGGUUGGUGUCCGUGGUAAACACAUAGUUGUUCUCGGAGUAGAAAGAAAAGCGGUGGCCAAACUUCAAGAACCACGAACAGUCAGAAAAAUCUGUUCGCUGGAUGACCACGUUGUCAUGGCUUUUGCAGGUUUGACGGCGGACGCCAGAAUUUUGGUGAACAGAGCUCGGGUCGAAUGUCAAAGCCACAAGCUAACCGUAGAAGAUCCUGUUACAUUAGAGUACAUAACAAGAUAUAUCGCAACUCUAAAGCAGCGUUACACUCAAAGCAAUGGUCGUCGUCCUUUUGGUAUUUCUACACUCAUCGUUGGAUUUGAUUAUGAUGGUACACCUCAUCUGUAUCAGACUGACCCAUCAGGGACAUAUCAUGCUUGGAAGGCAAAUGCAAUUGGACGUAGUGCAAAAACUGUUCGUGAAUUUUUAGAGAAACACUACACAGAGGAAGUGGCCGACUCAGAUGAUGAAACAAUUAAACUAGCUAUCAAAGCUUUACUUGAGGUGGUGCAGUCAGGAGGAAAGAAUAUUGAACUUGCUAUAAUGAGAAAUGGUGAAACACUCAAGAUAUUACAACCAGAAGAGGUUGAUAAAUUUGUUGAAAUCAUUGAGAAAGAAAAAGAAGCUGAAGCUGAAAAGAAGAAGAGAGAAAAGGCCACAGGAUCAGCUAAAUGAAUAGAACAGACAUUCAUCUUUUAUACUAUACUCAUGUUGCUGUUUUGAAACUAACUUGAUUCUUCCUCAUUCUGUUACAUUGGCAUUUGUGACAAAUGAAUGAAAUCAGUCGUUACCAGUGGGGGUGAAGCAAUGCCAAAUCGAAGUAACUAAGUUGCCAAAUGGUUUAAAUGGUAAUUGUUAGUCUUUCAAGAGCAAUAGAAACAGCUUAUCUUUCUUUAAGUUGUCCAGAGUUUUCCCAGCACCCUCACCAAUAAAAGCGGCGAUGAGCACAGUCAAACUAUUGUUGUGGAGUACCUUUUUUUUUAAGAUUUUUAAAACUUUAAAAAGCUCAAAGGAAAUUCUGUGAUCUUGCAUUACUAACUAAAACUGGUUAUGAAUUUGCUGAUAUCAAAGAACAGUUGGAUUCUUUCUUGUUCCUUUGCACUAUUCAGUCUGACAGAAGUUGGGAAAUGAUGAAAGACUACAGUUUUAACCACUGAAUGUGGAAAAGAGUUCUCAAAAUUGUUUGCACUUGCAUUGGUGUUCUUAAUCUAGUCAAAAGGAAAAGGGAAACUUCACUGGCUUGUAGGAAUACAUUUAACAGGAAAGAAGGAUAAGUCUAAUGGUAACUCAUUGGUACAAUCUGAGCAGUACCUGGUUGAUCAUUUCAGUCAGCCUGAAUAAAAGCUCCCAGCCUCACAAACUGACCAAUUUUUGCUUUCUUAGUACUAAUUGACAGUUUUAGUUUGACCCCCAAUUUGAGAACUGAUACACGGACUUUGCUUUUUCACAAAUUAAGAGUCUCUAAUGUUUCUAGCAGUGAUCUUUUCUUUGUCUCUCUCCUCUUAACCCAGCUGUAUAUGAGACACUAACAAUAUUAAAUACAAAAACAUU